CUGCAAGGUGCAUUCUUUUCAGCGUUAUUUUUAUUUUUUUGUAAGGUUGCUCGUUUUUUUAAGUGUUUAGCACGAAAUACUGUAAAGGAUACAGCGUCUUGGAUGGUCUGCGAUUUUUUUGCGUUUUUGGAAAUAAUCUAGACAUCAAAAGGGGUGUUGAAAUGCUCUGAGGAGGCAGCGCUAAUAAAAUGAGCAGCAGGGACCUUUCGCUGUCACAGGCAGUCUGUUUUUGUUGAUACCGCCAGCAGCCGUUCAGGAAGAAGACACUGAGGAAUUAAUGCGUAUUUAAACAGCAGCACAAUCGUGUUGGAAAUACACUGAAGAAAAAUGCGAGGCCUUGGACACUUUAUUGCACUUUUAUUUUUUCCCAUUGCAUUUAGUGUGGAUUUCCAUGUGGAACCAGGAUCCUUUAACGCGCACCGGGUGUAUGUGAAGUCUCCAGUAGCCGCCAGAAGUCUGAUCGGGACGGGAUCGGAUGCCGAUAUUUCUCGAAUCCAUCGUCACAUCCAGAAAAGAAGCGCUGAUGUGUCAGACUCCUGUAACGGUUUAAAGGGAUAUGAGAGCAAGUUAACUAGCAACACUCACAACUGGACUUUUCCAGAUAUCAGUGGAUCUGUAUCUCUGGCCUGGGUGGGGGACGGAACUGGGGUAGUACUGGCCCUGACAACAUUUCAGAUGCCAUUAGUCUUCCUGCGAUUCGGUCAAUCUAAACUGUAUAGGAGUGAAAACUAUGGAAAGUCGUUUGAGGAUGUCACAGACCUCAUCAACAACACUUUCAUCAACACUGAGUUUGGGAUCGCUAUCGGUCCGGAAAACUCUGGCAAGGUGAUCCUCACAGGAGAUGCUUCUGGAGGCACUGGCGGCAAAAUUUUCCGUUCAAAAGACUUUGGCAAGAGUUUCGUCCGCACAGAUUUGCCCUUCCACCCUCUAAUGCAGAUAAUGUACAACCCUCAAAACACUGAUAUGCUUGCAGCCAUCAGCAUCAAGAAUGAUCUCUGGAUCUCUAAAGACUUUGGUACAACAUGGACGAAAAUUCAUGAGAUGGUGUGUGUGGUGAAAUGGGGAAUAGAUAGUCUGUUCUUCUCAGCCAACCUUAACGGAUCCUGCUAUGAUAAAGGGAUGCUGGUGCUGAGGAAGUCAGUUGACCUUGGUGUUAACAUUAAGACAGUCGCCGAGAGAAUCUACUCAUUUGGGAUCGGCGGACGCUUCCUGUUCGCUUCAGUUAUGGCUGGAUCAGGAAACGUAAUGCAGACAGCGUCAGAGGACAUUUUACGCGCAAUACAUGUGUCGAUAGACCAAGGUGAGACAUGGAACAUGGCGCAACUUCCUCCUGUCAGUCAUGAGCAGUUCUACUCAAUACUAGCAGCCAAUGAUGAAAUGGUCUUCAUGCAUGUGGAUGAACCAGGAGACGCUGGGUUUGGCACCAUCUAUGUGUCAGAUGACAGAGGCACUGUGUAUUCCAAGUCUCUAGAACGCCAUCUGUAUACAACACCAGGGGGUGAGACAGACUUCACGAAUGUCACUUCCCUCAGAGGAGUCUUCACUACUAGCGUGCUGGCUGAGGACAACUCGGUACAGACCGUAAUAUCAUUUGAUCAGGGAGGAGAAUGGGUUCCUUUGAAGAAACCAGAGAACAGCAAGUGCGAUUCUACAGCCAAAGAUAAAGAAAUGUGUAGUCUGCAUAUUCAUGCUUCAUACAGCACCUCCAUGAGGCUCAAUGUUCCCAUGCUGCCUCUGAGUGAACCCAAUGCUGUGGGACUCAUCUUGGCUCAUGGCAGCGUAGGUGACGCUAUCUCAUUAUUGACGCCUGAUGUGUACGUGUCUGAUGAUGGAGGCUACUCCUGGCAGCUGGCUCUGAAAGGGCCGCACCACUAUGCUAUCCUGGAUUCGGGAGGCCUCCUGGUGGCCGUGGAGCACAACCAAGCCAAACCCAUCUCUGAGAUUAAGUUCUCCACCGACGAGGGGCAAUGCUGGCAUGUUUAUAAGUUCACCAAGACGCCAAUGUACUUCACAGGGCUGGCCUCAGAGCCUGGUGCCCGCUCAGUGAAUGUCAGUCUCUGGGGUUAUGAAGAUGCUAUGAUCAGCCACUGGGUAACUUACACCAUUGACUUUAAAGACCUGCUGACACGUAACUGCAUAGCAACUGAUUAUGUCCAGUGGCUGGCGCACUCUGAUGACAUCAGCGACCCAGAAGACGGUUGCAUGCUGGGUUAUAAGGAACGAUUCCUGCGUGUAAGAAAGGACUCGGUGUGUUGGAUUGGCAGGGAUUACGUUGUCAACAAGCAGCCCACACCAUGCAGAUGCACACUGGAUGACUUCCUGUGUGACUUUGGAUACUACCGUAAAGAGAACAGCUCAGUAUGUAUUGAGCAAGCUGAUCUCAAAGGCCACGAUUUGGAGAUCUGCAUCCACGGGAGAAAGGAACAGCUACAGACCAGUGGGUACAGAAAGAUUCCAGGUGAUAAAUGUGAGGGAGGAGAACAACCAAAAAGAAAGGUGAUUGACCUGAGCAAGAGAUGUGUCAGCGACCUGCUGGAACCUCAGCUGCUGAUAGGUCAAUCCACCUCACAUACCGCCCCUAUCAUUGCGAUCGUCAUUGCCAUCCUGUUGACCGGCGCAGUGUUUGGGGUUGUGUUUGUAAAGAAGUAUGUCUGUGGUGGAAGGUUCCUGGUACACAGAUACUCAGUCUUACAACAUAAUGCGGAAGCCAACGCCAUAGACGAACCACUGGACACAGAUGUGGCUGGAGAACCUAAGAAUGAUUUCCAUGAUGACUCAGAUGAGGACCUACUGGAGUAAAGCUGUGCAUUAGAUGAGCAUAUGGAGCUUCAUUUCCUGUCAUUCAGGCAUUACUGCUGCUGUCUCUCUUCUCCUAAAGCACAAACCAGCUGUCAGCUUUCUCAAACUUAAUCUACCAGCUAAUGUCAUGCGCUUCCUGCUUCUCGACCAUUGGGAGGGAACCCGGUUGCUUCUCCACCAAUUGGAGGGCAUUCUGAUGAUCCUAUUCUAAUGAUAGAAUAAUCUUGUGAAUGUAGCUCUGCUGAAAUUCUCUGAAGCAGAGAAGAAGUGUUUAAAAUGCUGUAUGUGGAAGUUUCAGUUCUUUCUUCUGACACUGGGGUCUUCUGGGUGGGAUUUUAAGGAUCAAACCUUUGUUUGAUGAGACUGUCGCGGGGGUACUUGUAAAAUACUUGCGUUUGUUUUUAUGUACAGAUGCCCUUACAUCAGAACUAGAGAUAUAGUUCAUCCUCACAGUGAUAUCAAUUUUGAAAUUGUUUAUUUCAGCAGGAAUUUCAUUCAGAAAUAGGAGACAAAUGAAUCAUAUCAUAUGUGAUGUUUAAAAUACUGUGCUACUGAACCCUGACUGUGUUUAUCACAAAAAUGUGAUCAUACCUGCUGUCAAAGCUUUAGUAUAAUGUUACUGUAAGCAAGCAGGUACAUUAAUGAAUAUAGCAAUAAAAUGCUGAGAAACAGGCAAUAGAUUUGGCUUUACAAAAAAAGGGAGAAUAUAUUUAUAAUUUUAAGAUUAUUUAGCUGAAACUGUGUAGCUAGGCUGUGAGUUUGAUAAAGUGCGUUUGUUAUUUGGACAAAUAACUGUAGAACAUGGCGAUAACAUUGUGGUAAUUGUAAAUAAGCAACUGUCACACUUCAAACCAAGCAAUUUCUGUGAUGGUUAGGCAAAAUUUUGUAAUAAUAAAUAUUUUUAUGAACUAAAUGAUGCAGAUGCAUGUAAAAUAGAUCACGACUGUAGUUUGUGUACAACCUUGAACAUUUUGCCCAAAUCAAAUUUUGUAGUUAAAUAGUUUUCUUAGCUUUCAACAUUUGUGGUUUCUUGCUUCUUGUAUUGAAAGCAGGAAGUCCCAUGUCAUCAUGCAGAAAAAGUGUGACCCUUUUUUUUUUUUUUUACCAUUGCGCAUAGAGACGCCUAAAACCUGACUAAGUGUUUGUAUGACAAACCAUUAGUCGCAAUAAUUUUGCAUGUGUUAAUUAUUUUCAUGUGUGUGCAGCAACUUCAGCGAGGUGAGAACAGAUCCAGUGGUCUGAAGUCUUGUGAUUUCAUUUUGGAUAUUCAAAUGCAAUAGAUCAGUUUAGCACCUUUCCAUUGAUUCUUCCUGUUUGCAUAGAUGCUUGAUGUCUGAUGCAGUGAGUUUUUUUUUUUUAUUAAGUGUGCAUUGUGCUAUUUUGAAGGUUCUUAAUGUUGUUUUGAAGGUCUCCUACAAUAGGUUCACAUGCAUUCAAGGCCAAAAAUGCCUAUUACCAUAUCUGAAUUUCAUCUCCGGAGGCUUCCUCAGCGCUUGAUACACCGUAAUAAUGGAAUCAGUUUUUUCGAUAUCAAAUCCAGUGGUCUUAAGGCUUUGACCGUGUGAUUUGAUUUUGGAUAUUCAAAUGCAAUAGAGAAAUUUAGCACCUUUCAAUUGGUACUUCCUGUUUGCAUUGAUGCUUGUUUUCUUUUAAGUGUGCAUUUAAAUAUCAGUUCUACAGUUAAUUUGGAGCCAUUUGUUUCAACAUCUCUAGCAGUUGUUUGUUUAUAUACACAUAUAUAAUCAAAAGUCUCAUAUUUCCUUAGAGAAUGACAAUCUCCUUUGCAAAAACUAUGAGUUAUAUAUGAUGUUAAUAGGUAUAAAAACCCUAGUGUGUGUUUUGAUUCAAGUGCCUAGCAUGGAGGCAGAGCUUGUGCCUUCCAGUGAAAUAUAGAUUCAUUUAAAAAGAAGAGAACAAUCUAAUUUCUGAAAGAAUUGCCAGUUCAUAACAUUAGCAUUGACAAACAGUUAAUAUUUCAGUUGAUGAAAAGAUCUGUAUAAAAUUUUAAAAACAAACAUGCCCCUAAAUGAUUUAAUACUUAUUGUCUUACUAAAUUGGGUUGCUCUCCAUGCUUGGGAAUAAUAAUAAUAGAUGCAAAGCAAAUGAAAUCUUAAGGUAAAUGAUUUGCAUUGUGACAGUGAUUUUAUUUAUAUGAGGUGUAAAACUUUUCUUGCUGUGCAAAAUCAGUGUACAUAUUAGUUGUGAAGCUCUGUAUAUACGGCAAUUCCGACUUUGUAUGUUAUUUUUUGCUCUGUAUAUUUGGAACUGUUUGUUUGAGAAAUAAAUUGAUUUGUCCCACUGA